CGCCGCCGCUCCUGACUUGAGAGGGCGCCUGGCAUUCGCGCCCCGCUGUCGUUCCCAUGCCGCUCGACAACUUCUCGAAGGUGGACUUCUCCAAGAUCGACCCGAGCGAGUACGAGGAGGAGGGCGCCGCGGCGAAAGCCAUGCAGGAGCGGAUGCUGGACGGCGACCUCCCGGAGCACAUGGGCAUGGAGGAGAUGAUGGCGGGCAUGGGAAUGGGCGGCGGCAUGGGCAUGGGCGGCAUGGGCGGCGGUGCUGGGCUCGAGGGGCGCGACUGGGACGAGUACAGGGUGGCGUCGAUGGAGCCGGGCGACGUCGGGCUGACGCUGGACUGCAGCGGGGGCAAGGGCGCCCUCACAAAGACGCUGCGUCGCGCCGGCGCGCGCGACGACUUUGAGAACCCGUCCGACCGGUGGGAGGCUGUGCUGCGGCUCUCGGGCGCCGUCGCCGGCGGCGGCGCGCCGUUCGACUCCUUCGAGGGGUGCGUCACGAUGGGGGAGGGCCGCCUCUCUGCGUGGCUGGACAAGGCCGUCCGCACGAUGAAGCGCGGCGAGGCGUCCGCCUUCACCGUCCUGCCCGCGGCGCGGGACGGGGAGGCACUGCUCUCGGUGAGGCGCGAGGGCGGCCCGUCGGCCGAGGGGCUGCCGGCCGAGGCGGUGCUCGAGUACGAGGCAUGGCAGCGCGAGGUGGAGCUGCGGGAGCUGCGGGAGGUGCAGGUGUUGUGCGACGGCCUCCUACUCCAAAAGACGCUCGUGCGCGCACCAAAGGGCCCUGGCUCGUGGGAGCUGCCCGGCGAGCGCGCCGAGGUGCGCUGCUCGUGGCGCGGCGAAGUGGAGGCGACGGGCUUCGUCUUUCGAGGGGAGGCGCCGUUCCGUUACUCGCGCGCCGACGCGUCGCUCCUGCGCGUGUGGCGGGAGCUGAAGAUGAAGCGGGGCGAGGCGUGGGCGAUGAGCCUCGCCGAGCGCCUCGCCUCGCAGCUCAAGAAGAAGGAGCAGGGCAACGCGCUCUUCCGGCGGGGAGAGUUCGAGCGCGCGCUGCGGCGGUAUGAGGCACCGCCGCCUCGCCACGCGGACCCGAAGUCGCGCGAGGUGCGGGCCGCCCUCACGCAGCUCAAGGCUGCGCAGGGACGCGCGAGGGAGGAAGAGCGGGGUGCCUUCGGUGGCAUCUUCACGUGACGAGGCAGAGCACAAGACACACACGGCACCACCGUAGCAAUCGCUUGCGCCGCUAUUUCGUGCGUCUUCUUUGGUGGCCGCGGCGCGAGGCGCGUCGACACGUUGGCCCUGUGCGCCCGCUGGGAAGUGGGAUUUUAUCCACAACAUGGACAUGGACCACGCGGUCUCGGUCUGGAGAGCUGCGGCUCUGCUCUUUGAUGUAGAUGUAGAGAGAGAGAGACAGAGAGACAGACAGAGAGAGAUUUUGAAAAAACAAGAAGAAG